CCGCCCGCCCCGUCCGUCCCCUCAGCCCGGCCGCCAUUUCGGGAGCGCUGCGCGGGCGCGCGGCGCCCCCUGGCGGCCCCGCAUCCCGUCCCGGCGGCCAUGAAGUCCGUGUUCGUCACCGUGGGCACCACCAGCUUCGAUGAGCUGAUCGCCACCGCCCGCUCCCCGCCCGCGCUGCAGGCGCUGCAGAGCCGCGGGUACCAGAAGCUGGUGCUGCAGGUGGGCCGGGGCUCGCUGCCGCAGCCGCAGCCCAGCAGCAGCCCGGCCGUGGCGGUGGAAGCGUUCCGAUUCAAGGACUCGCUGGCUGAGGACCUGCAGAGCGCAGACCUGGUCAUCAGCCACGCAGGUGCUGGUAGCUGCCUGGAGACUCUAGAGAAAGGAAAACCACUAAUAGUAGUAAUAAAUGACAAGCUGAUGGACAACCAUCAGCUUGAGCUGGCCAAACAGCUCCACAGAGAUGGCUAUGUCCUCUACUGUAACUGCAGCACUCUUGUGGAGACGCUGCAGUCGAUGGACUUGUCAGCUUUGAAACCUUUUCCUCCUGGGCAGCCAGAAAAGUUUGCUUCAUUCUUGGAUAAAGUUUUUGGGUUACAACGGCGCCUCAUUAGCGGCGGCCGCGCGCCGGGCGCCUCGCGCCUCGCCCGCGUCUCCGCGCCCGCCUCAGCCACCCCGGCCGGGAAGAUGCACAAAGGCUCCAAGAAGUACUUCGGGCAGAAGUCCUUCAGCGAGGUGGCCAUGGACGAGUACCUGGGCAGCCUGGGGCUGUACCGCAAGAUGACGGCCAAGGACGCCUCCUGCCUCUUCCGAGCCGUCUCCGAGCAGGUGCGCAGCCGGCCGGGCUGGGGGCAGCCGGGGCGCCACAGGCCCGGGGCGGGCCGGGGGUGCCCCCAGAGAGCUCCUGGAGAGCCGGCCGUGAGCCCAGAGCGAGGAGUUAAACUCUUGACGCUUUCUCCUUUGUUACCGUUAUUUUCCCAGCUGUUUUCAUCUCAAAUUCAUCACGCAGAAGUUAGGAAAGCUUGCGUCUCGUUUAUGAGGCAGCACCAGCCGAGGUUUGAAUCCUAUGUGGAAGGCUCAUUUGAGAAAUACCUAGAACGACUAGGAGAUCCAAAGGAAAGUGCUGGCCAGCUGGAAAUAAGUGCUUUAUCAAUGAUGUACAAGAGAGACUUCAUUGUGUACCGGUACCCCGGGAAGCCACCCACACGUGCUACAGACAAUGGCUUUGAAGACAAGAUUUUACUGUGUUGUUCCGGUAACGGCCAUUAUGACUCUGUGUACACAAAACAAUUUCAGGAAAAUGCUGCCAUUUGCCAGGCUGUAUUAUAUGAGAUCCUCUACAAAGAUGUGUUUGGCAUGGAUGAGGAAGAAUUAAGGUCUGCAGUUGAGGUGUUUCGAAGUGGAUCCAAGAAGAACAGAAACAGUGCUCCUGUAGGAAGUGAGGAUGCAAACUUUGGUUGUCUCCAUGAAAAAGUGCCCCGAAAUCCAUCAGAAAAGAGACUGGACGACUGGGAAGGCAAUGAUGCUGACAAUCCCCAGGAAACCAAGUUCAAACAAGGCAUUGAAGAGCAAAAGCCUCCAGAAAAUCCUCCAAAGAUGCCUGUUCCUUAUAAAGUGCUAAAGGCACUGGACUCUACCAUCUAUCGAAAUGUGGAGUUCGAUGUUUGGCUGGACAGUAGAAAAGAGCUUCAAAAAACUGACUACAUGGUGUUUGCUGGGAGACAGUACUAUUUAGGAGAUAAGUGUCAGGUGCGUCUGGAACCAGGAGAGAAGUAUUACAAUGCUCACAUCCAGGAAGUUGGGCAGGAUAGCAACACCUUGACUGUCUUUGUUGAGGAGCUGGCAGAAAAGCACACAGUUCCUUUGGCAAACUUAAAGCCAGUGUCACAAGUGGCUCCUGUCCUUGCUUGGAAUGUGGCUCACAACAGAAGAGGAGCUUAUCAGAAAGUAACAGGUGGACACUUCUCAGGAAUAGAAAUGGAUAUGAAAACACGGAAAAGGAUGCUCAAGAAGGUCCGUGGGAAGGAAGUGUUCAUGGCUGUGGCUUACAGCAGGGGACAGCCAGUGCUGCCACCCCGGCUGCAGCACAGUGCUCCCUCAGGGCGCUUCCCUCCCAUCCACUGCUCCCAGGGAGGUGCAGCCAUGGCACCCUACAAACCCUACCACCAGCAGAAUCCUCCCAGACAGCACCGCGACUCCGGCGUGCCCAGCUCGUACAGCCGCAGCCGCCGCCCGCUGCCGUGCGUGAGCAAGGAGUGCCAGUACGGCUUCGUGCCAGGGGCUGCUGAGGAGCCCCAGGGGCCAGAGGAAACUGUCACUUUCUGUGAAAUCGAGGGGGAUGACACUGCUUUUCCUGCUCUGCCUGUGAGUUAUGAACAAAGGGGCCACAGUAGCCAUGCUCCCAUUGUCCAUGGUCCAGGGGCAUUUUGGGUAGCAAGGAGAGGUCCAAACUCUGUUCCAUCCAACAAGCAGACCCUGAGUGCCUUAGAGGAGGAGGAAGAAGCAAGUGAAAAUGGGAAGUUUCAUGAGGAAUAUAUCUAUGUAUCUCCAGAUCCCAACUGUGAAACUGCAGCAGUGUUUAGUUCAGCAGAACCUACAGCUAACUUGGAAGAAGGGCCAGUCUCGGUGUCACCUCAAGAUGAAGUGGCUUCCUACAGCUAUCCCCAGAAGGUGUUGGUGAACUCUGCAACAGUUUCCACCUCCACAGAUGUUUAUACUGCUCCAGCUACAGGUGUCUCUUCAAAUUCUGCUGCCUCCACUCCAGCCAGUGUCAUAACAGCAGCUCCCCCACAAACAGCAGUGCAGCCUGUCAUAGUAUCUCCCUUUUCUGUGGGGAGGCCAGCAGUUUCUUCAGUGCCAUUCCCAAUUUAUUCAGCUCCUCUUCCCCCAGUGAGUGAGGUGGGAGAAGCCAGUGCUGUUCUUCCAGCUUACUCUUGUGAUCCCAGCGGCAGUGAUUUGCCUCGAGAUACAAAGGUCUUGCGGUAUUACUUUAAUAUGGGAUUGCAAUAUUGCCAUCAGAGCUGCUGGCCUUCCAUGAUGUAUGUGCAGCCAGUGCUGCCUCCAUCUCCAGUGGAAGUUUACCCAGCCUAUGCUGAGCCAGCUCCAGUCCUGGAUCAGUCAGUGCCCCAGCUCUUCCCUGAUGCUGGGCAAGCUGAGGUCCACCAAGUUCCCUUGGAGGCAUCAGCAAAUGGUAACUUCCAAAACACAGAGCCUCCAGCCCUGUCCUAUGGGCCAGUGUAUUACCCAGUGGUGUCAGACCCCUUCAGCCAGCAGCCUGUGCCUGGCUUUGACUCUGUGGUUCCUGCCUACCGCUACAUUGGCACCUGGCAUCCAGUCAAUCCUCCCCACGGAAAUUCCCCGCCUGUGGCCAAGGCUGGGAGCUCAGGAGCACCACCCCAGGUCGGCUACAUGGCCUCCCCUAACCCUGCACCUCCUGAUGCACCUCAGGGAAUGUAAACCUGGGAGCUGGAGGUUCCUCCUUGGCUUCUGGUUCUUGUUUGUCAGCUCUGGUUAAUAUUGUUUUGUAAAUGUUAUCCUCUCUCAGAGAGUUGAGUCAGUUGCUCAAACUGUGUUCAAAUUUCAUGUUUCUCCUUAGGUUUAUGCUACUGAUAGAUGACAAGAUGUUGCUUUAGUUGAUUAGGAAAGCAUAAGAGAAAAGUACUGUAGUGCAGGGAACAGCUUGGAUGUGAGUAGAAAAAGGAUGCUGUGACUAAAGACGUGUUGUGUAUCUCUGAGGGCUUGCACUGAGCACUUAAAUACCUGGUUCUUGCAGAAGCACUGAGCCACUGCCAUCACAACUCAGGUAAACACUGGGCACAAGGUCAUUAGAGGGGGAUAAUAAUGUUUAAAAUAAGUUGACUUUCUCAGAUUUUGCAAAACAAAGCUGCUUUGCAUCUAGUGGUCACAUAUUUGUAAUAGCUUUAUUUCUUCUGUCUGACUUCGUGGUGCAUAGGUUUCAUGGCUCUGGAAAGUGUAAGAAUAAUGUUUUGAUCUGUUGUAUAUUGUUGUAUAUUUGUAAGAUUUGUUUUGUGAAAGCUGUUGCACGUACAGGGGUGGCCGUGGUGGUUAAGUUGCACUGACAGCACAAAAUAAAAGCAUUGAACACCUGAAAA